UCAUCAACCAAACUGUUGUGCUACUUCACCAACUGGUCCCAGUACAGACCAGGCACUGGGAAAUACCUGCCGGCCAAUGUGGACCCCAAUCUCUGCACUCAUCUGAUCUACGCCUUCUCAAUGAUCAACCACAACAACGAGCUAGUCACCUACGAAUGGAACGAUGAUGUUCUCUAUCAGUCCUUCAAUGGGCUCAAGAACCAGUGAGUUUUAGCUACUGAGCUAUAUGAUUGAUGCCUUAGGUUCUCCAUCAGCAUUUUGUGCAUUUACAAUAAUUAUUACAUACUCACAUUUAUCUUUAAAUGCAUUGAAAUUGGGUGUGUUGAUGAAUCUCUCUUGUCUUGGACAGAAAUCCUGCACUGAAGACCCUGUUGGCAGUUGGUGGAUGGAACUUUGGGUCCAGUCAGUGAGUAUUGUUGCCAGAUAGCCAUGAUUAAGUUGUACAUGUUUCAAUGUAUUUUACUGAAAUAAAUAAACAUGUUCUUAAGUAUCUAUUGGUCAUUAUGCUUUUCAAUUAAUAAUAACAAUUCCAGGUAUUAUGAUUACUGACACUGAAUAACUUUUCAGAUUCACCAUCAUGGUGUCAACACCUGCCAAUCGCCAGAAGUUUAUCCAGUCCUCCAUCAGUUUCCUGAGGAUGUACGGCUUUGAUGGCCUGGACCUGGACUGGGAGUACCCUGGAUCACGAGGGAGCCCCCCAGAGGACAAGAAUAGGUUCACACUGCUGUGCAGGGUCAGUUUGGCAUUCACAGCCACAGUAGUAAUAAUCAAAGAUCUGGAAAACAUUAUAUUUGGAUCCUGAGUAACAAUUUUAAUGGGGCACCAUAAUAAUUAUGUUCAACUUUAACUGAUCCAGCACAACUUCGAAAUUAUAUUAUUUCAUAACAUUAACAAAAUACACUGUCUCAUUUGGUUCUGGGUCCAGGAGUUGCUUGAGGCAUUUGAGGAGGAGGCCACUGACACCAGGAGACCAAGGCUGCUGGUCACAGCUGCAGUGGCUGCUGGGAAGGGAAACAUUGACAAUGGUUAUGAGAUUGCAGAGGUUGCAAAGUGAGUCCAAAAGUUAAAACAGAGGGCCGUCAUUCACCAUAGGUGAUUGGUAUAGUAAUAAUUAUUGCGAAGGUUUAUAAUUUACCAUUUAGUAUUUUCCAUGUUACAUUUUGUGACCUUUCACCUUGUGUGACUGUGUAACAGAUACUUGGACUUUAUCAAUGUGAUGUCCUAUGACAUGGGUGGAGCCUGGGACCCAUUCACACGCCACAACAGCCCCCUGUACCGUGGUGCUUUAGAUGGAGAGGAAGGAGAGCUCAAGUAUUUCAACGUUGUGAGUAAAACAUAUUACCAAUCAUUAUUAUUUUGAAACCAUUUGAAACCAUAAAUAAUCUAGAAAGCAUUUUAGAAACCAUUAACAAUUUGUCAAAUAGUUGUUGAAUGUUUACUCUUUUUCCAAAGGACUUUGCCAUGAAGUACUGGCGGGACCAGGGCGCCCCUGUUGAGAAGCUGAUGAUGGGUUUCGCCACCUAUGGGCGCACAUUCCGCACUGUCUCAGGAGACAAUGGCGUCGGAGCCAUAACGAGUGGACCAGCCUCUGCUGGAACCUACACCCGUGAGGCCGGCUUCUGGUCCUAUUAUGAGGUCAGUACUGACUAAAGGUCAGGGAGAGGGGUCAAAGUUCAAAACUACAAAUACAGUUGUCACUGGUGGUGCGAUCUCCCAACUCCGUGGAGUCAAUUAACACGCUAUGUUUUGGAACCACUUGGAAACACUUGUAGAUGAUAAAAAAAUAGAUUUUAACACAAUGCAUCAAUGCACACUUUCAGUAUACUGUACUCAGGGCCAAUUCAAAACAACAGCAAUCAGCUUUCCAACCUACUCAUGACAUGUUUAUUUUUCUCUUCCACCAGAUCUGCACUUUCCUGAAUGGAGCAACUGUUGAGUUGAUUGAGGAUCAGAUGGUUCCCUAUGCCACCAAAGGAAAUGAGUGGGUGGGAUAUGACAACUGGGAGAGCUUUGAAAUAAAGGUACGGUAUCAUAUUACUUAAGACGACUUAAUGUGCAAAAAGGAAUCUUCUUUCAGUUGAUGGCUGUAAAUUGUAGUAGUCGAAUGUCUUGCUAAUUUAAACCAUAAUAUCUUUGUCAUUGAUUACAUGGUGAUUGGUUGAUGGCUAUAUGGUUUUGUGAAAUAAAAUAUUUGGUCAUUUUAUAGGCACGCUAUCUAAAAGACAACAAGUUUGGAGGGGCCUUUAUCUGGUCUCUGGAUCUGGAUGACUUUGCCGGACAGUUCUGUGGACAGGGCAACUAUCCCCUGAUCAGCCAUCUGCGUUCUCUUCUGGCCUCAGGUAAGCAGCCAUUACUAGAGCACUGAGGUUUAAGUCUCAUAAGAGGUUUGGUUGAUAUAACAAUGACAUUGUAUCAUUCCAUUCUUGACAAUACACUCUGUGUUUGAUAGAUUUGCCACCCCUUCCUACCACAACACGUCCACCACCACUGCCAGCAACUACCACCAGCAGUGUACCCGCCACCACCUCCACCACCACUCCUCUGCCCGGCAGUGGCUUCUGUGGGGGGAAAGCUGACGGUCUGUACUGUAAAAAGGAAGACCCUAAUGCCUUCUACCAAUGCUUCAAUGGACACACCUACCUCCAGAAGUGCGCCGCUAACCUUGUUUUCAACGAGAAAUGCAAGUGCUGUGACUGGAAUUUGUAGAACAUGAGCAUGGCAUAGGAGUUUUCUGUUAAUGUACAAAUUGCAGCCUGAGUAACUGAUAUACUAUGUUUACCUCAGUUUCAUGAUGCCAAGGCUCGUUUACAUUUAAAUGAAAAAAGAUGUACUCCAAUUACAAUGGAAUAAUAAAAAGUGAGCAAA